AUACGUGUCAAAACGAGGCUUUGUCAUGUCGGCCAUUUUAAUUCUCUAAUAGUUGGAAAAGGAUUUCAUGGACAAAAACAAAACAAGGUAGGUACAAUCUCAUACAAAGGAAUAAUUAAGAGAUAGAUUUCCUGUCUUGAAGUAAAAUGUCCGCGAGAGGAUAUGAAGUGUGGCCCCGCGGAACAGACAGAGGUAAACACGAAAAAACAGAUAACCUGAGAGAAAAGGAUGAUACUGAUCCACUGGGACUUAUAACUUAUCUGUUUGGACAAGAUGAACAACAGAAAACAAUACGAGAUGAUAUAGCGAACACAUCGCCAGGAAGGGUAUUGUUCACAACUCCUCCCAUGGCUGUCGGAAGGAGCCAGUCUGUGUUUUCUGACACAUCCUCCUCGUUUUAUAAUUUGAUGAAGUCAAAUGAGGAAAUAAAACUAGCCUUACAAAGCAUAUCGACGCAAAUUGGAGAAACAGGUGGUCAAAUCUUAAAGGAUACCCGGCGUAUAACAGCUGAUGUGAAACAAAACUUUAGACAAUUACGGUAUGAUGUAACGUAGAAAAGUAAAAUACUAAGUAGCGUUGAAAUGAAUGUAGAAACAACGACAAGGUCCAAAGAAUUACAGAACGUAUGCAAACAGGAACAGAAGGACUUAGAUGCAUCUUUUGAAAUCGGCGCAGUGGGCGGCUCGUUAAACGGCGGAAAACAUUGCACCGAACACGGAAUUAUUGACAGUGUUCCAGAAUGGAAAAUAGACGAAACAGCGUGGGGGAGCUGUAUUAAACAAAAGGACAGAAAAGAGGCACAACGUUUAAUAUCCGAAAGAGUCUUACCUACACAGAAAAUGCUUAACAAAUAUUCAGUAGAAUUUGGGAGAGAUUCUCAAAUACUAAAGGACACGUGUAACGAAAUAAGCUCAUGUAUAAAAGCUGAGUCAAAUACUAUUGUGAAUGUAUGGGCAGGGUAUAAAACUAUUUGCGAUAAACAUAUUGAGGAAAAUGCUAUAGUAUUUGCAGUGAUUACAAAGGCAAAAAUCCAAAUGGCAAAUGCAUUCAAUUACAAUGUUGAACAAAUAUGCAUAGAUGAGGUCAAUAGCUCACGGGAAAACAAGGAUAUACAAUGGCGCGAAAACGAAAUUCCUUUGAUGGAUGAGGAAAUCAGCAAAGCAGUAACACGCAUGAAGCGUCAUUCACAAGGACUGAUGAAAAGGCACAGUAACAUAACCCGUAUAUCAGUUAGCUGGAUUAAGUCUUCUCGAUAUGGGAGGGAGGACGCGAAAAUGACAAACGAAGUCUGUAUAUCUCUCUAUGUACCAAGGAAGGGUAUAAUUCCAAUCAACGAGAAACCUUUCCCCAAGAUAUUGAACGGUUUUCCUGUGGAUGUCAGAGAGGGAAUAUGUGUCCCAUUUCUUGGUCCGCAUGAUGUUCAUGAAAGUGUAAAGAUGGGUUGCGCAAUAAGUGGACAAAGCUUUGCAGAGCAGUCAAAUAUAGGGACAAUCGGUGGGUUCAUUGAGAGCGAAAAUGAAAUUUAUUGUUUAACGAGUGCACAUGUGUUUGCUCAAAACCCAAAUUUAAAAGACCUUCAAAGCAAUGGUACUUGGAUAGCAGCGUCAGACGACAAUCCUCUUAACAACGUAUAUCAACCUUCUCCGCCUUCGGAGCCAUUUGGUACACUGGUAAGAGCGGUAUUCACCGAAGGAGGAGGCGGCAAUGCUGGCGUUGACGCUGCUGUUAUUCAUGUCCGGAAACGAUUUCCAAAUUCUGGAAUAUUUCCUGAUGCAGCUAAUGACCGUGAAGCAGGGUUCGAUAAGGAAAAUCCUAUGACCUUCCAUUCAGGGAAAAUAUCACCAAGUGUUAAGAGAAUGGCUCUGGUGGUAAAACAUGGAAGCACAAGUGGAAUAACAAAGGGAAGCUUUCGAUUACGUGGCGGCGCAAUUAGGACAAACACUGCUCAAAACUGGGGAUUUAUGUUAUUUAACCAGUAUGAAAUCGAAUCGUUUAGUGAUACACAGUUUGCACAAGCAGGUGAUUCUGGAGCAAUGGUUUUCACUAUUGAAGGAAAUGAACUGUUAGGAAUAGGAAUUGUUGAAGCUGGUAUGGGCAACAUCUGCUUAGUCACUCCUAUUUAUGACGUUUUAAAUGCACUAGAAAUACCACGCCCUUUUCAAAUGAAACAGUUUAUGUUACAUAGCACUAAUACUGCUAUUCCAGUAGGCUGUUCCGUUACCACAGCGACAGAAGAUGUGAUACCACAGUCAGAUCGUACAAAGGACCUAAACGAAAGAUUCGAUUAUAUGGAUCAAGCUCUUUCACAAGAAGUUGCAAGACAGGCAAAAGAGAUAAAAGAAGAAUUACAUACUAAAGUUGACCAGCAAUUAUUAAAUCUAAAGACAGAAAUAAACGAAAAAAUUGAGAGUGAUAUAACGAAACUCCAGACAAAUAUUGAUCGAUCAAUGACAAGUUUAGAGGAAAAGAUGAAUGACAUGCAAAACAAAACUCGCGACCAGAUGCUACAGAUGAAAGAAUCAGUGGAAGAGAUGCUUGGUAAAUUCCUGUCCCAAAUUAAUCAAAAAAAGUAACAGACUGCCACAUACCUCUUCAAUAUGAGGCAAUCCUUAACCAUAUUUGCCAUCGUAACAAUCACAUACGUUGUGGGGAUAUUAACUGUUUACCAGAAAUAAAAAAAACCUAAUAAAUGACCGAUAUAUUUGUUUAGGAUAAGAGCUUAAAAAAGUCCGUCAAAUUUGUAUUUUGUUUCAGUUCUUUAUAUUAAAUACGAUAAGUGUAACACUUUGGGUUGGGUUCUGGGAAAGCGACUCAGCAAUAAAAGUUUUUUCACUAGGGAGCUUGAUAUAGGACAUUCAACACUAAAAUGUGAAUGUUGAUUUUGUUUAACAAAUAGUAUUUCAUUUUUGUAACUUCUUUAAAUAUCGAGAUAAUUCUUUUUCAGUUUCAAGUUAACUCGACAUACGGCAUUUGACAUUGAAGUUUUUGCCAUCCGAUUUUCCUGUUUCGCUCAUGUCAGACAGUUGGUUUAUCUGUCGUUCGAUUCGUCUGUAGGACAUUUGGUUUUCAAUAAUUUAUCAAAUUUCAUAAGAUUAUUGUUUUUCACUUUAUGAUCUCCAUGAAUUUUUUGUAAGUAUUUAAUAGUUACGAUCUCACAGGGUCCGAUUGCCUAUGAUCAUUAAGGUCAAAGAUCAAAUUCACAGCAUAUUUCACAGACUGAAAAUUAUGCCUCCGACAUGCCAUCAUGGGAGCAUACGUACUUAGCUAAUUUUAUUUUGAAUAUAGAACCCAUAGGACAUUCGACAUUCAAGUCGUUUUUAUUUUUGUACCAAGGUUAACAAUAAAUAGAAAUGAGAGUGUGCGCGCAUAUACAUGUAUUAAAAUUGGAAACAUCUUAUACAGUGACUUCGAAUUCGGAAGAGUCAUUAACUUAAUCCACAUGCACAGUUUACUUAUACAUUAAUUGUUGUGUAAUUUAAACCUAAAACGUUUUUUCACAUUUUUAAUGGCAUUCCAAAGAAACUCCAUACAUAAUGUUCACUAUAAAGUGUAAAUAUACUUAACAUUUUCUAAGGGCAUCCACAGCCCUUCUAGUUUUUGUUUAUUAAAUUAUAUUCACCUAGUCAUUUAAUAAAGGGAAAGGCCACUGGUAUUUUCGGCGGUCCCACUAACAAAUUUGGUUAGUCACAACAGCAAUCUAUCCAUAUUGUUUUACUCACUUAUUUUAAGUUAUCUUGUCAUUUUAGGAACUUGACCCAUGGUGUGUUCUUACAAAGCUGUAUUUAAUGGUAGCUCUUGUUAGUUUUACUUUGCUUAUGUAUUUUGAACAUAUACAUAUAUGUCCACGAUGUACAAAAUCAUAAACAGAUGUAGCAGUCGGAGCACAGUGAUACAUGGAUCUGGAAACUUUUUUCUUAAUUCCACUUUUCUAAAACAUUAUAAUGUGUAAAUAGCACUUAAAUUUGUUUUGUCUUAAUUCACUACUAGCUAUAUUUUAUGUCUAUUAUAGAAUUGCUUGCAGAUAUGCAAAAAUGUGUGCAGUAUUUGUCAACUCAAGUUGGUAGCGUAAAUAACACUUAUAUUUUCAUAAAUUUUAUUUUUGUAGUAAUCUGCAGUCAACUACAGUAGGCAAUAAUUGCAAAUGUCUCCUUUACAUGUCUAAUGAAUGAUUGCUAUAAUUGUCUUUGAAGCUGAUAAUGUACAUUUAACACAAAUUGCAUUUCUCAUGUACAAUUUGCAGCUUCCACACUUUGUAUUGGUUUGUAUACUUGUAAAGUCAACAACAGUAAAGAGCUAAUGAAAAUAAUAACAUAUUAUGCCUUAUAUUGCUAUCCAAAUUUAUAACAUAAAUUACAUUUUCUGAUAAAGCUUAUCUGGUUAUCAAUUUGUUUCGUUUUAUUAACCUGUUUAAUCAACCGUAGUCCAUAUUCAUUUCAAUUUUUGAGUUUCAUGACUAAUAAAUCAUUGCUUUUCAACUGCGUCAAGAUCAAGUUUGGCGGCCAUCCUCAAUACAGCCCAUGUAUCAUUCCGCGUAUUGAUGCUUGAGUGGCAUUUAACGGAUUCGAGUUGAACAUGGUUUUCUGUCCACAUCAAAGCAAGGUCACAUGACCUCUCGUGAAGACUAUGAUUUGUGCACUCAGAUAUGUUCUCUGAAGGCAUAGUUCAAAUCUGUGAUUGUGGUUAUAUUUUCAAUUAAUGUAUUGUUAAUUUUAUGUUUUUAUAGACACUGUAGAGCAAUUGUUAAUAUGAAAUAUGAGCAUACCUUAUCUUUGAGAAAAACGCACCAAUUAUAUAUAUAUAUUUGAUAGAAUAAUUCCUUCUUACUUUUAAAUAUUUUAGUUGUUCAUGUUUGUUAAUUGUGAUUUAGAAUAAAAACAUUUUUGUAGAGAAUUACA